CUGAUUUUGAACCUUUUGGUCGUUGGCCCCUAACCAUCAAGUAUGACGAUCAAAAGCAUCACACAAUCCUUUAAACGGGGGCUCCAUAAACGAUCUUCCGUCGUUAUCAAAAAAGAGCCAUCUACGACUACGACGGCAAGUAAAAAGCCAGUAACGCCUCCUCCUUCUUCACAGCAGCAAAAACAGCAGAAGACAGAUCGCCAGAACAGCAACAACACCACCACCACCACCACCACCAACGUUGGCAAGAACGGGGCAGCCUCAAGCAAUAAUUCAUCGACCGUAUCCGCCGAUGGGAACCAGGAUACACUGUUGAAUGGCAUUGGUCCGUACAGGUUCAUGGGUCCCCUUGGUAGCGGCAAGUUCAGUCGAGUCGUGCUUGCCAAGCAUCUGCAGACGGAUAAACAGGUGGCUGUCAAGAUCAUUGACAAGCAAGCCCACGAUUAUCGCGUCAUGUCCCGCCUGGUACGCGAGAUCAACUUGAUGGAGAUGCUCAAGCACGACAACAUUGUCAAACUGUACGAGACAUAUGAAACGUGUGACUCGUUGUUCUUGGUCAUGGAGUAUAUUCCGGGCAUGAACCUGGACGAAUACCUGCACAAGAAUGGCGGCCAUCUUACAGAAGAUCAAGCGCGCCACUUUUUCCGCCAGAUCGUUUCUGCCGUCUACUUUUGUCACAAUCGCUGGGUCGUACACCGCGAUCUCAAAACUCCUAAUAUCCUGGUCACGCCCGAUGGCGUUGUCAAACUGGCGGAUUUUGGUCUGGGCAAUCGGUUUGGAUUGCAGCGUCUGAAAACUAUAUGCGGCUCAAUGCUCUACUAUAGUCCGGAAAUCAUUACUGGACAAAAGUACUUUGGCCCUGAAGUUGAUUGCUGGUGUCUCGGCAUUGCAUUGUUCCGGAUGACAGCCGGUUUUGAGCCCUUUUCCCAUGCACACACUGUAGGCGAGCUUAAAAAGGACGUAUGCAGCUGCAAUUUUCCCAUGCCAAGCACACUCAGUCCGGAGCUGCAAACAACCAUCCGCAAAUGCUUACAGACCGACCGACGCAAACGCAUGACUGUACGACAAGCUUUGAAGGACGAUCCCUGGCUGACCAAAUUUGGUGAAUUGAAAUGUCCAUUUGCGGAUGUGCCUAAAACAGCCUAUGACGAAAUUCGUGAACGACGCGCUCGCCGUCAAUUUAUGAAGGAUUUGGAGCGAGACAGGAAUGCAAUCAGUCAGGUGAAGCAUACAAUUAUCUAUCAUCCAAUCAAUCCAUCCACCUAUUUUACCACCCAACUGCAUUCAGCUCAACAGCAACAGCAACAGCAACAGCCAUCCUCCUCAUCAAACAAUAACAACAACAAUACGAAUAUCGAAGUGCUCAGAUCCGAGUUGCUUCAAUCCAUUCGUGUACGGGCACGUAAGAUUGGCAUGCGGUCAGCUGAAAGCCUGUCGAUCCGAUCGCCAGUCAAGGCACUUACACUACGACUGAAACCAAACAUCCAUCACCUGCAAGAUGGGGACGUCAUGCAACGAUUGACCAAAGACCAAGUGUACUACUAUCAUUUGGACCGACACGCUUCUCAUCCACCAUCCUUGUCAUCCUCUCAGAGUACCUCCACCUCUUCUCUAUCUACUGUUGACUCGCCUACCACGCCAGAAGCAUCAACAACCAACAACAACAACAACACUAAUAAUCACCCGCACCAUCAUCGGAUAUCUAGCAUGGAGCGUGAUCUCAUGACAUUACUCAAACUCACCUGUCAGCUCAUGGGCAUUUCGUAUCAACAAAAAAGUGGAUCUCGUUUGACGUGUGUAUUAACACUACGAGAUGCGUCCAAACAGCAACAGCAACAGCAGGGUCGUCCACCACCCACCAAAGUCAGUCGCCGAAACAGUCGAAACAGCAGUACUUCUACAGCAACAACAACACGUAUGAGCAGUGAUGAGCUUAUAUUGGGUGCCGAGCAUCCAAAUCGUCUCCGUCGAUUGUCGUUACCGCUACUCUCGCACUUGACAUCGUCCAUGACGACAUCGUUCUUUGGUCGUGCCAAGCAACGACACUCGAUGGACCAUGAGCGACCCAAUAACGAUACGGUGACGAAUCAAACCACCGACACUGUUGUUGCACGUAACAAAAAGAAGGAUGGGAUUGCGGUGUUUACGAUCGACAUUGACAUUCCCAAGAGACAAUUGGUGGCCGUACGGUUUUCGAAACUGCAAGGAUCCAACACUGUAUUCAAAAUGGCAGGCGGAUGGAUUACAGGUGUGAUGGGUCUUGGUAGCAGUAACAGUCAUGGUGGUAGUAACAAUAACAGCAGCAGUAGUAGUCAAUAGCCCAUUGUGUGCUUCUGCUUCUUGUUCUGCAUCCUGCAUAGUGUCAUCAACCCACGCAUCUUCAUUUAGUCAUCAUCAGUAGAUUUUUGUUUUAUUUUAUUUUUUUUGUUUGUGUGCG